AUGAGCUUGAGCUUCAUCGGCGAAAUGGAGAAUCCAGUGAACACGGCUGAUGCCCCGACAAUGUCCGGUCGCUCAGGUCGCCCAAGGGUCGACCUGGAGCCGUACAAGCCUGAAAUCAUCGAAUUGUUCGAAAAGAAAAUGAAAAGUGACGACAUCUGCAAGCAUCUCAAGAGACAACAUGAUAUCCAGAUCUCGGCGCGUACUCUCACCAAACGCCUACAAUUAUGGGGUGUUAAGAAAAAGGUGGAAAGCAACACCUCGAAUGAAGCGCUACAUGCUCGCAUCAAGAAUCUGUUUUUCGAUGUAGGUCUGUCAGACCAAGAUAUCGUGACUGUUCUACAUGACGAGGGCUACGAUGUCUCCCAUCGUACACUACGCAGACUCCGCCACCGGCUCGGCAUCCGUCUUCGACUUGACUCUCCUGCGCAACAGCAAGCACAGGUCCAGGAGAUCCUCGACGCUUUGACUGAGGAAAUGGAUAAGGGAACCAUUGAGGGAUAUGGAAAGGAAUUGCUGCACAACCACUUUCGCAGCAAGGGACAUGUAUUUGCCCGAGAUCGUCUCUACAGUGUCUACCGCAUGCUCCGCCCAGAUACAGUGGAGCGCCGUACAAGCGAUGUACCCCGGCGUCCUCCCCCGCCGAAGAUUCUAGCCGGGCCAAAUCUCACCUGGCAUGUGAACGGAUACUCAAAGUUGUCCAAUUUUGGGUUCCGCAUUCAUGCCGAAAUCGAUGCGUAUUCUAGAUUCGUCCUUUGGAUCCAUGUCGGAGUUGAGGCACACACGGCCAUGGGCGUCCUCAAGAACCAUCUUGAUACUGUCGCUUCGAAAAAUCGUCAACCACGUACCCUCCGUUCUGAUCUGGAGGCGGAGGUUCCUCUUCUAGCUGACGCCCACUUUGCCCUUCGCCGCACUACCGAGCCGGAGGUGCUCCGUGAGCAGUGCUGUGCACCCGGCCGAGCUACAGAUACCCAUCGGAUCGAAUCCUGGUGGGCCCAGCUUGCUAAGUCAGUAGUAACGCUGUACCAUAACUAUUUCCGUCAACUUCACAAUGAAGGCCUCUUCUCGUCAACAGCAGUCCCCGAACAAAUCGCCCUCUUCGCAAUCUACAUGCCCAUCCUACGCUCUCAUAUCAAAUCCUACGUCCAAACAUGGAAUAUCCACAACAUCCGCAAACAAGCCGAUCACCCAGAGCGCGCCCCAGGAAAACCUUACAUGAACUACCACCACCCACCUAAGGGUGUAGAAAAUUUCGGCCUGCCAGCUGAUGUCCCGACACUGCAGGCCAUGCAGCAACAUCACGCCGACUAUGACAUAGAAGAAUACCUCCCACCAGACACUCUGCACUGGUGUGAAACACAGCUCCAGGAGCUAGGCUUUGACCCCUAUAAACCACCUGCUCGACUACCUGGGGAUCUCCAGCCAUUCCGCUCAGUUUACCUGGCCCUCCGGGAGCGCGCUUGGCGACAUGAGCGGUCGGCGGCUCAACCAAAGCUGGCGCUUUGUGAUGUCGCUGGUCAGGUCUUACGGGGUUAUUUCCCCUCACAACCUGCACAGUAG